GCUCGCGAGAAUAGGCGGGACCGGGCCGGGCCGGGCCGACAUCUCUAGCUAUGUCGUUGUUAUUUGCCACAGAUAAAAAUAGCGUUGCACCAUUUUCUUCUUUCGCUUUCAUCUUGUUCGUAGCCGCAGACACAGAGGAGAGAUUUCGCCAUGGGGAGAAGACCUGCCAGAUGUUAUCGGCAGAUUAAGAACAAGCCGUAUCCGAAAUCACGCUUUUGCCGUGGUGUGCCUGACCCUAAGAUCAGGAUUUAUGACGUGGGGAUGAAGAAGAAGGGAGUCGAUGAAUUUCCCUUCUGUGUCCACUUGGUUUCCUGGGAGAAGGAAAAUGUUUCGAGUGAGGCUCUUGAGGCUGCUCGUAUUGCCUGCAACAAAUACAUGUCCAAGUAUUCUGGGAAAGAUGCUUUCCAUUUGCGAGUCCGGGUGCACCCAUUCCAUGUCCUGCGUAUUAACAAGAUGCUUUCGUGUGCUGGAGCUGAUAGGCUCCAGACUGGUAUGAGAGGUGCUUUCGGAAAGCCACAGGGAACUUGUGCCAGAGUCAGCAUUGGUCAGGUUCUUCUGUCUGUUCGUUGCAAGGACAGCAACAGCCAUCACGCUCAGGAGGCUCUUCGCCGCGCCAAGUUCAAAUUCCCUGGCAGCAGGAAGUGGGGCUUCACAAAAUUCAACCGCAAUGACUAUGUCAAGUUGAAGUCGGAGAACCGUAUUCUCCCUGAUGGUGUCAAUGCCAAGCUUCUUGGAUGCCAUGGACCUCUUUCCAACCGUCGACCUGGAAGAGCAUUUUUACCUGCUACUGCGUAGAUCUUUUUGUCUGGAAUUGAAUCUCGUAAAUUUGUUGACUGUUUUACAGUAUUUGGUACCGUUAAUAUUUCGAGACGUUAGUACUGUUCAACUUUUAUUGUCAAAUUUUGCUCGUAACCUCUUGAUGCCUUGGAAUUUAUAUCUUCUCUUAACCAAUUGCUUC